AUGUCUCCCUUCUCCCAUUUCCUCCAACAGUCCUUCUUCAUCCCCAAACCACCCUUGACCGAGCACAGCUUACCAGAUCAGACUGGACGCGUGUUCAUCGUCACCGGUGGCUACAAUGGCGUCGGUUUGGCAUUAGUCAGGAUUUUGUACCAGCGUAAUGGCACGGUAUACAUAGCCGGACGGAGUGACGCUAAAGCGGCCAAAGCCAUUACCGACAUGAAGGCCGAAGUACCCUCCGUCCAGGGCAGGCUCGAAUUCAUGAAGCUAGACCUCAGCGACCUGACGACCAUCAAAGGCGCCGUCCAGACGUUCUUGGACAGGGAGAAAAGGCUCGAUGUCCUCAUCAACAAUGCCGGCGUGAUGAGCACACCAAUCGGCUCCAAAUCAGCCCAAGGGCACGAACUGCAAGCCGCAACCAACAUCCUCGGCGCCUACCUCCUGACAAAGUUGCUCCUACCCAUCCUGCAAGAAACCGCCCGAACGUCGCCACCCGGUACUGUGCGCGUCUCCUUCGCCGGCUCCAUCGGCAUCGAUGUCGCUGCACGACCAGCCGGCGGCAUUGAUCUGACCGAAGACGGCGCACCGAUCGAAGACGCUCACGACCCGCAGCAGACGUACGGACAGACGAAAGUCGCGAAUCUCUUCCUCGGCUCUCAAUUCGCUGUCCGUCAUUCCAAUACAGGUGUGAUCUUUAAUUCCUUCAACCCGGGUAACCUGCAUACGGAUCUCGGGCGUCAUCUUAGGAUGAACUUGUUCUGGUACAUUAUCAUCAUCGUGUUGCUGUACCCGCCCAUCUUUGGGGCGUAUACGGAGCUCUGGGCGGGCUGGAGCGAGGAAGCUGGACGACCGGAGGCGAAUGGUGGGUAUGUGUGGCCGUGGGGAAGGUUGGGAGGGGCGAGGGCGGAUGUGCAGGCGGAGGUAGAGAUGGGGAAGCAUGGGGAGGGGAAGGCGGUGAGGUUGUGGGAGUGGUGUGAGCGGGUGACGAGGGAGUAUCAGUGACUGUGUCGACGUUGAGUACGUGACGGACUUUGUCGUGUUGCCGGAAGGCGCCUCUGGGUUUAGCUCAGUUCUGUUUCAUCAGCUGUGAGAGCGAAGAGUCUUGCUCGCCUUCCCCGGAUAAGAUUCGCUGAGUUCGCGGGCCGAGUUUCGAUCGCUUGGAACUUUAUAUUUUCGAUCAUGUCGCAGUGUACUGC